AGUCAGUUGAAUUUGCUCAGUCAAUCAUCUACAAAAUCAAAAUGCGUGUAUUCUUCCUCGUCGUUCUGCUCGCCUUGGUGGCUCUGGCUGCUGCCCGUCGUCCUCCAGGUCUCCAGCAGGGAGGGCAGGGACCACCUCAGGGUGGACAACGCCCACCUCAGGGACCACCUCAGGGACCACCGCAGGGACCUCCUCAGGGACCUCCCCAGGGACCCCCGCAAGGACCUCCUCAAGGCGGCAACUCAUCCUCCUCCGAGGAAGCUUCCUCCCAGGAGAGCUCCAGCGAGUCCUCCAGCGAGGCAUCCGCCUAAAUACUCGAUCGCCGAGUCCUCCACAUAAAAACAUUCAAAACUCUUUGAAUAAAGAUAUAUAUUCCGCUUAUUUCAA